AUGAUUGCAAUUAGAUUCUAUUGGUUGUUCAAUGCUAGAACUAUCACUUCUUCAGUUACUAUUAGCUUCACUGUUCUUGAUGAGAUGUUAGGAAACUCCAUAGCUUCACCUUUGGCAACAUUGAGUUCUGCCAAAUGCUUCUGCCACUCUGCAGGUGAUUUUGUUAGACCAUUGAGUCUGAAUCAUGGUGUGGUUGGAGGAGAAAGGAAUUUUCGUGUUUCGAGAAAGAAGUGGAUAGUGGUUUGUUCAACAACACAAGUUGAAACCUCUAGUGAAGAUCCAAAGACAUGGGAAAAAUGCAAAGAAGCAUUGUCUUGUUUCGAUUUCAGUGUAGAGGAAAAAGACAAGAUACUAGGAAAAGCCUUUGGUCAUCUCCACUCGCCUUACUGGACCGAAAAACGGGAGAAAGAGAAUCCGAAAGUCGAAAAUGUGAAUCAAAUACUAGAGUUCCUUAGAGGUCUUGGUUUAUCGGAAGAGGAUCUUCACAAGGUGAUGAAGAAGUUCCCUGAAGUACUUGGUUGUAGCCUAGAAGAGGAAAUGAAACCUAACAUUGUGAUCUUGGAGAAUCAAUGGGGGAUUACAGGUAAGUCGCUGAAAAAUCUUUUGCUUCGGAAUCCGAAAGUGUUGGGAUACAACGUUGAUUGUAAGGGAGAUUGUAUUGCUCAAUGCACUCGGUGUUGGGUUCGGUUUUGAGUCCUUUACUAGUGUUCAUUGGUUCUUGAAGCUGAGUGUUCGUUGAUAUUGUUUUAUGUAUUUGAGUGUUAACUUAGAAUUAUAGCAAAGAUAAGCUGAUGUGUAUCGCAUAGCUUCUUCUUCUUCUGGUUUCAUCAGAGCGACUUGAAUAAAUCAAACAUUGAUCUUGAUUUGGGGAUCAAUGUGUAUAUGCCUAAACCAGUUUGCUCUACAUCUGAAUAUAAAAGAUUUAGAGUGAAUGGAGCAAGUAGCAAAAGAAUCAGUAUUAUUUUGUUUAUUUGUUUAUUUAUUUAGAUG